AUGAGUGAUCCCGGCAGCUCCGCACCGCCUGCCGAAAACGAUCCGAUCUACGACGACCGGCUGUGGUCCUUCUCUGCGUUUUUCCCGCCACCAUAUCGUGUGCUGCUGCUGGCGUCGAUAGGGUUGCUGCUGUUCGCGGUCAACGUUCAGGUGCUGCACGCCAAAGGGAUAGAUCUGUUCGCGCUGUUCAGGGCGGAUCGCUUGGAAAAGAAGCGGUCGAUACCGCCAUCGUCGAGUGCGUUCCAUCGGAGUAACAACGGGGCGAGCACGCAGUAUGGCUCGUAUCACAACGUCAACAGUGCAUCUUCUUCGUCGAAUGACGAUGUUGGAGGCGCAGGGCUACUGCCUACUACCGCCACUGGACACAACCGGGCGAGCUCGGCAGAAGCGGGUGCAGGCGUGUCGACGUCGUCGCCGCUCUUUGCGUUCGGCACAUUUCAGCUUGUCUGGUCGCUGCUCGGCUGGGCAUCGUACCGCUACUACGUCGACAGUCUGGUGGGCGAUCCCAAAGGCCGUCACGCACAAGCCUUGCAAGGGUUCGCCGUCUCAGGAGCUUUUUUGGCGCUAGUCUGGCCUGGCAAUUUGUUCUUCAAACCGAUGCGCAAGGCGUUCGGCCGCUCGGUGCUUCUCAUCCUCACACCGUCCUUGACGCAGCAGAUCACGUUUAGCGACGUCAUCCUUGCCGAUACCCUCACCUCGUUCGCCAAAGUGCUCGGAGACGUCUGGCUGACGGCGUGCUUCCUCGUGCCACGCAAGGAGCACCACACCUGGUGGAACGGCAAAGGGUCGGUGGCUGUACCUCUGCUCAUCUCGUUACCUUAUGCCAUCCGAUUCCGACAGUGUCUGUCCGAGUACUGCGUCUCUCAGCCGGGGAACAAGAACGGCUCGAAAAGCAAGAGGCCGCUGUGGAACGCCGCCAAGUACGCCUCUGCGUUCCCCGUGAUCUGGCUGAGUGCGUGGUACGAAGCGGACAAGCAUCCGGACAACCACCACGGCGAGUGGGUAACGCGGUACACGCUGUGGCUGCUCGCUGUGUGCGUCAACUCGAUCUUCAGCUUCUGGUGGGACGUGACCAACGAUUGGGGGUUGUCGCUGCUGCAGCCGUCCAACAUGGGGUCGGUGGCGCAGAUCGCACAGAACGCAGUGCACCUCCAUCGGCGCGGGAUGUCGUACAUGCCCCUCCCCCUCAGCGAGGAGGCCGAGGCCCUGCCCAUGUCCAACUUUCGCGUUCCGGACGAAAAGCCACAACCAGCAUCCGCAUCCGCACAUGCACACAGUUCGCUCGCCGUGCCCCCCGCAACAAACCCUUCCGGCGGGCCGUCUGCCUCUGGCUCCAACGCACACCGCAGAACGCUCUCGACCAUGGAACGCCUGCUGCGCCCCUCGCCGUCGCUGCUGUUCCCGACGUGGAUGUACCAGCUGGCCAUCCUGCUCGAUCUGCUGCUGCGCUUCUUCUGGUCGCUCAAGCUCUCGUCGCACCUGCACCACCUCGUCGAGUGGCAGGGCGGUAUGUUCAGUAUGGAGCUGCUCGAGAUCAUCCGUCGCUGGGUAUGGGUGUUUUUCCGAGUGGAGUGGGAGGUGGUUAGACGCAGAGAGCGGGCGAGAGUUCAUGUGAUGGAUUGA